GGUUGAGGCUCCCUGCGUGUGUCUAUAACUUUGUGCUGCUGCCGCGGCCGCCCUGCUCGUUGGAGAGGAGGAGGAGGAAUGUGGAAGGAGGUGGCGCGCAGGCUGACAGGCGGCUCCUCCGGCGCGCUGCGGUGGCGGCCGGAGCGUCUCCCCUUCGCUGAGGCUGCGCGCCCGGUCCUCGCCGUGCCCUGGGCCCGCGCGGGAUUGUGCGUCCUCCCACCUCGUCCCUGAAGGGAAGGAACCGAGGCGGCGGCGGCGGCGGGGCCCCGGAGCCUUCGCGGCGCCUGCGUCCCUCCCCCGCCGUACUCCGCCCGGGCGCGAGAGGAGAGUGCGAGAGCCCGAGCCGCGGGCGGGCGGCGAAGAUGGCAGAGGUACCGGCCUCCCCGGCCCCGCUCUCUCCGCUCGAAGUGGAGCUGGAUCCCGAAUUCGAGCCUCAGAGCCGGCCGCGCUCCUGUACGUGGCCCCUGCAGAGGCCGGAGCUUCAGGCGAGCCCGGCCAAGCCCUCGGGGGAGGCGGCUGCCGACUCCAUGAUCCCCGAGGAGGAGGACGAUGAAGACGACGAGGACGGUGGCGGCGGGGCCGGUUCGGCCAUGGCGAUCAGCGGCGACGGGAGCAGGAUGCUGGUCUCCGGGCUGCUCCUUGAGGACUCGGCCCGGUUGUUGGCUCCGGGAGGGCAGGACCCCGUGGCCGGGCAAGUCCCCACGGCGGGUGCGCUGAGCGGGGGAACGCAGACGCCGCUGCAGCCUCAGCAGCCGCUGCCGCUGCCGCAGCCGGGGGCGCCUGGAGGCUCCGGGCAGCCGAGGAAAUGCUCGUCGCGGCGGAACGCCUGGGGGAACCUGUCCUACGCGGACCUGAUCACCCGCGCCAUUGAGAGCUCCCCGGACAAACGGCUCACCCUGUCCCAGAUUUACGAGUGGAUGGUACGCUGCGUGCCCUACUUCAAGGAUAAGGGCGACAGCAACAGCUCUGCCGGCUGGAAGAACUCUAUCCGGCACAACCUGUCGCUGCACAGCCGGUUCAUGCGGGUCCAGAAUGAAGGGACUGGCAAGAGCUCUUGGUGGAUCAUCAACCCUGAUGGCGGAAAGAGUGGUAAGGCACCCCGGCGGCGGGCUGUCUCCAUGGACAACAGCAACAAAUACACUAAGAGCCGUGGCCGCGCGGCCAAGAAGAAGGCAGCCCUGCAAACGGCCCCCGAGUCAGCAGACGACAGUCCCUCCCAGCUCUCCAAAUGGCCUGGCAGCCCCACCUCCCGCAGCAGUGAUGAGUUGGACGCAUGGACGGACUUCCGCUCACGCACCAAUUCCAAUGCCAGCACAGUCAGCGGCCGCCUGUCACCCAUCCUGGCAAGCACAGAGUUGGAUGACGUCCAGGAUGAUGAUGCGCCGCUUUCCCCCAUGCUCUACAGCAGCUCAGCCAGCCUUUCGCCCUCCGUAAGCAAGCCAUGCACCGUGGAGCUGCCACGGUUGACUGACAUGGCGGGUACCAUGAAUCUGAACGAUGGGCUGGCUGACAACCUCAUGGACGACCUGCUGGACAAUAUCACGCUCCCGUCGUCCCAGCCAUCGCCCACCGGGGGUCUCAUGCAGCGCAGCUCCAGCUUCCCUUACACCACCAAGGGCUCUGGCCUGGGCUCUCCCACCAGCUCCUUUAACAACACGGUAUUUGGACCCUCGUCUCUGAAUUCUCUGCGUCAGUCUCCCAUGCAGACCAUCCAGGAGAACAAACCGGCUACCUUCUCUUCCAUGUCGCACUAUGGCAACCAGACACUCCAGGACCUGCUCAAUUCGGACUCGCUCAGCCACAGCGACGUCAUGAUGACCCAGUCGGACCCCUUGAUGUCUCAGGCCAGCACCGCUGUGUCCGCCCAGAACUCCCGCCGGAAUGUGAUGCUUCGCAGUGACCCGAUGAUGUCCUUUGCCGCCCAGCCCAGCCAGGGGAGUUUGGUCAAUCAGAACUUGCUCCACCACCAGCACCAAACCCAGAGCACUCUCAGCGGCGGCCGUGCCUUGUCGAAUCCCGUCAGCAACAUGGGCUUGGGCGACUCCAGCAGCCUUGGGUCAGCCAAACACCAGCAGCAAUCUCCUGUCAGCCAGUCUAUGCAAACCCUCUCGGACUCUCUCUCAGGCUCCUCCUUGUACUCCACUAGUGCAAACCUUCCCGUCAUGGGCCAUGAGAAGUUCCCCAGCGACUUGGACCUGGACAUGUUUAAUGGGAGCUUGGAAUGUGACAUGGAGUCCAUUAUCCGUAGUGAACUCAUGGAUGCUGAUGGGUUGGAUUUUAACUUUGAUUCCCUCAUCUCCACACAGAAUGUUGUUGGUUUGAACGUGGGGAACUUCACUGGUGCUAAGCAGGCCUCAUCUCAGAGCUGGGUGCCAGGCUGAGAAAUCACUGAGGAAAGGGGAAGUGGGCAAAGCAGACCCUCAGACUGACACAAGACCUACAGAGAAAACCCUUUGCCAAAUCUGCUCUCAGCAAGUGGACAGUGAUACCGUUUACAGCUUAACACCUUUGUGAAUCCCACGCCAUUUUCCUAGCCCAGCAGAGACUGUUAAUGGCCCCUGACCCGGGUGAAGCCCUUACCCGGAGCAGAACUCCAUGAAGUAGGCCAAGUCUUCCUCGUCCAGGGUGGGGAGACGCCUGCCAGCAGAGGACAGCGCCCAGCCGGCACCACCACUCUCCUUCAGAGCGCACGGCGGACCCCGGCGGCGGUUCUGUGGGGCUUCAGUAUCGCAUGGUUUAUGGGAUGUUCUAAGUGUUGUUUGUGUUUGUUUUCCUUUGACUUUCUGAGUUUUUCACAUGCAUUAACCUGCAAUAUUUUUCUGUUCCAAUGUUAACUGUCCUUCCCCGAGCAAAUUUAAGAACAGAAAGAAAACGUUGUACCAGUUACCAUUCCAGCUUUGGGCGCCACAAGCUUUUGAGCUCAUGGAACUCCAUAAACUAACAAAUUAUAUAAACUAGAGGGGAAUUUUCUUUGUUCUUUCUUUUAGUAGAAAAUAAUCCUUUUUAAAUAAACUGAACAAUGGCACAAUUAUUUGUUGUACGCACCGGUCCAGGACCCCCCGUAGGCAAAAUGAAUGAAGUGCAGCGUCCGGCCCAGUGUGUUUUCAGUUCUUAGCGAAGGUGGUCUGUGGGCAAGACCCCCGUCCCACCACCUGGUUUGCAGUUUCAGGUGGGUAGGGCCUGUGGUCCCCUGUGUAUCCUCAGCCAACGCGGGGUGCAUUGUUGGUUUGUUGGUUAGAGACAGGCUCUCUUCAGGAAAGAAGUCAGCCCAGCCGUCCACACAUUGCCAAACACCACUAAAGGAUUCAGUUUUAAGGAGAAAAGAGGAAAAAGUAGUCCCGUUUUGCUUUGCAGAAGAAAGAAAUGAACUUACAGGUAAGCAUCAAGUCUGCAGUGAGGAAUGUGUCAAGAGGACAAACCCAAGUCAAUGCUGAGAAAGUUCUAACUUGUCUGUUUUCUUAAAUAUGCAUCCUUGAUUAUUUUCAGCUGUGCUGUGUAUAAUCUGAUCUACUAGAAGUGUAUGAGUGAGAGGCGAUCGCAUACAAGCUGAUUUUUUUCUAUAUAAGCUUAGAUUGUAAUUGUACAGAUGACACAAUGGACGUACAAGAUAGGGCAGUUUUAAUUUUUGUUUGUUUUACUUUCCUAUUUCUAUGGUUUUCAUUGUGUUUUGUUCUCAGAAAGUUAUGGUGCUGUAUAGGUGCUUUCUGUUUUACCUGGAAAGUAUGAUUCUGUUUGUUACCCUCUUUGGUAGAGAGACUAGUGGGGAACCUUUGGUACAUAGGAAACUGGUGUAAGGCCGCUCUGAUUAGCACAGCAUAUGCAUACUUCUCCCAAGUGAUAUAUGAAGACUCUUUUCUUUGCAUAAAAAGCAUUAGGCAUAUAAACGUAUGAAGAUAUUUUAUCAUGUACAGUACAAAAUGGAACAUUAUGCAUGGACGUUAGGAAUACCGAGUAUUUCAGCACAGGCUUCCCUGCAUGAGUUCUUGCCCACGCUCACACUUUGCAGGGCAGUGACCCCCUUCCACCAACACAGACGUGCUGCCCGACUCCCUGCAGACCCACCACCCUCCGCCAGGGGCCCCCUUGUGCGCCUUUGCUUUAUAACUCCUCUGGGGGUUGAUAGUGGUGGUGAUAACAGCUCCUAGCAUAAUGAAAGUUCCAUCUGGUAUUGUCACACGUCUCUCCCACCUCGCUUGGGCAUCAUGUUUGAGUGAUGGCCCUGUUGAUUUCACCCUGCCUUUUACUGAAUCUGUAAAUUGUUGUGCAGUCAUGGUUAUAGUAGACCAGUAGCAUAUUGUCUUUUCUAAACUGCUACAAGUUUAUAAUCUUCCUUUUUAAAGUAUAUAUAAUUUUUUAAAGUAUGUAUUCUAUUAGGCGGUCAGCUUGUCAGUGAGACAGAAUUGCUUACUAUAUUCCUUUAUCAUCAUGCUAGCUGCUUCCUUGAUUCUUGAUAGUCCGCUUCAUGCAAGAACUGUCCAGUAUCAGCGAGAGAGGGCUGGUCCUCUAGCUUCCGACCUGAGGCUGCCCCGCGUGAGGAUGCACUUCUUCAGAGGCAGCGGCAGCAGCUGGGGGUGAAGCGGGGUGGCAAGUGGGGAUCAGAUACAAGGGAGAAUCCCGAGUGCUUCCAAAAUAGGGCCUUGAGAAUGUUUCUCCUGCAUUAAAAGGAAAUCAUUAACAAAAUAGCUUUGAGUAGCCUCUGCAGUUUUGUAGGCCCUGAGAGCUGCUUUGGGAGUGAGAAAGGCAACCCUCUUAUGUGUUUCAAACUAAAGAUGUUGAAUUACUUUCAGACACAUGGCAUCUCAUUUAUUGUCUUUUCCAACAUUGGUUGGAUUUCAGGCAGAAGGUCUUACAAAAUGUCCUAGAGGAGGCAUGAGAGUGGAGCAGCCAUGGAAAAGACCAGGAAGAUGGAGGGGGCUGCUUUGCAUGUUCUUUUUUUUUAAAAUAGCUGAAACAGCAUCCACACGUAGAGUAUUGUGGAGAGCCGAUACCAGGGCAGAGUCAAGUGCCAGCAUUCGUGCUACACAGCCUGCCAGCCUCAGGAGGAGGUCUAGGGGACCUGGGCCGUUGGCCUUGCAGGAUCACAGCAGCCCCAUUCUCACCCCCGGCCUCCCCUGGGACGGCCACCUGCACAGUGCAGCCAGCUCCCUCAGACUGGCCAGGCUCCAAGGUGGUCAUCUGGGCAGACGUGCAGCCUGAGGGCUCUGCCUCUUAUCUCAAGUCCCUGCUUGCGGGAAGGGCCAACUGUUGACCAUUGUGUUGAGUUCUGAGUGCUGUGGGUCCCUUACAGUAAGAUUUCGGAUCUGAAAAAAUCUCAGCAGAAUACACAGUAGGCUCCGGGGAUUUGGCAGCUGUGAUGUUUGAACCCUGAUGAGAACCACCCAGGCCGCCCUCAGCCUCUAAAUAAGCUGCUCUGGGGAGCCUUCUACUUUGUGAUGGGGAAUUAGAAGAAUGGCUAAUGUGGAAAACAUGACAUGUACUCUGGGACUCUGUUGUUCUCUUCAGGGCUCCAAAAUCUCAUACCUUUUACCAAAGUUAGAAAAGAGCUUUAUCACAAGCUUUCACUGUCCUGGCCUGAGAACAGACUGUCAGGUUCAGUGCCCACCAUUUUCUGUGAAUUAGUCUGGGUUUGCUUUCCUUUAUUGCAUCCUCUGCAAUAUAAUGAUUGCUGAGACUUUUUAGUUUUUUUUAAUUUUAGAAUUUUGCCCCUCUCUUUAAUGGGGGGAUCAUACAUACAUGUGGUAGAAGGCGGAUUCUGUAUUUUUGUUUGGAGUUGAUGGCACAUUUGGGCAUUGCUUCCCCAUCCUUAGGAGAGGAUGUCAUGGCUCAUUACCCCUGGUAUGUUAUGCCUAGUCUCAGGGUGUGAUUUCAGAUGACUUCCUAACUUGACAACAUUUUGAAGAUGGUAGGGACAGACUUCAUCUCUGCCUAAUUAAAUGAAUUUAAAGCAUAAUGAACAUUUGAAUCUCUUGGAAGGACCUUCAAGAGGAAAGCAGUCAAACAGCCAGUCCAUUGUUGCAAAGACUGGCUGUGGGAAAUAAAAUCUUACCCUUUCCCUCUAGAAGCCAAACCCCAACAGCUCUGAACUCUGAUUUUCUUUUUCUUGCUGUAUUUGGGGGGACAUUUUAUGAUUAGGUGUUAUGUUUUAAAGAAAAAUUAGAAAAGCACAUUAUUUUUUUAGAAAUGUAAGUCAUUGGCAAAGAAGUUAUGAAAAAGCAAGCAUCUCCUGAAGCCCAGAGGAGGCGGGAUGUGGCGAGGAAGGGAAAAUGAAGUUCUUGUGAAAUCAUGUCUGUCAAACAAGAUCUUAAAGCAGAUGCCCGAAUAACUAAAAAGAGUGUGUUAUAUUUAAUCAAAAUUUAAGUGGGUAACAUUUAUGCAGUGUGAAUGAUGGAAUAUUUUCCUUUUGUUCAGCUUUAUUUGUAUGCAUUUCUCUUUGACGAAUGAUUGGUUACGAGGCCUCUGCCACACUCCAGAAAUAUUUGUGCGGCUGCUUUCAAAAUCUGUGUGUCUGGUCACUUACUUCUCUAAAAUUAUCUCAUUGCCUGGCAAUCAGUCUUCUCUUGUAUACUUGUCCUAGCACAUUAUGUACACAGAAAAUGUAAACAUGUGAAGGAGGACAGAAAAAUUAGUUAAUACUAAAAAAUAUAUAUAUUAUGCAUUUUGGCUUCACAUGUUUAACUUUUUUUAAGGAAAAAAAGUUGCAUGAGUGGAAAAAAAAUCUGUAUACAGUAUCUGUAAAACUGUCUUACCUGUUUUCAAUUUCUUGUUCUUGCCCCAUACAAACUAGAAUUUAACUGAUACCACUGGUGCAUGGCCAUAUUCAAACACCUACAAGUCAAGCAGUUUGUAGUUUGAUUUGCAGCACCUCAUCCUUUCUUUCAAAGCGAACACUAUCAUAAUGCAUUCUUUUUGAGGAUUUUGUCUAACCAUAUGUUGCCAUUAAUUAACUCUACCACCUUUGUUCUCAAGGAUCAAAACCAGUUUGAUUUGGGAAUCUUCCCCUUUCCAAAUGAAAUAGAGAUGCAGUACUUAACUUUCCUUGGUGUUUGUAGAUAUUGCCUUGUGUAUUCCAUUUAAAAUUGUAAUCUAGUUUGUAAAAGAGAUGGUGACGCAUGUAAAUAAAGCAUAAUGACACUCUGUUUUA